AGGAGUGAACGGUUUGUCCUAUUCUUGAGUAGACAAGAUAUAUAAUGCAAUUCCAAUCCAGAUGUCACUGCAAGCAAUCGCUCAAUCCACCCGUGGAGCGCAACUCGAUUCUCCCAGAUGGAUUACAACAGCCUUGUGCGACAAAUGCGAGGAAACGUGCUAUCCAAACUGGAUGGUGCGGAAAAGGAGAAAUAUUUCGCACAGCUCGAUGAAUACCACGAGCGGGUCUACUGGUCCUACAAAUUCGAGCUGCUCUACAGCCGCUUCGAGGAUGAGCUCCCGCAGGGAAAGCCCGCGGACACCCCAGUCACCCGCCGGCUCGGGGUCAUUGACAAGGGCCUGUUCAAUUUCGUGGGGACGUGCUGGGCGGUGCUGAAUUAUUCCAAGGCGCCCGCGGAACAGGGCCCAUGUUGUGCGCAUAUGCGGGCGAAACUCGAACUGCUCACCAAGACCUGGGCCCGGUAUAGCCGUCUGUUCGACGAGAUGGUCGAGGACAGGGUAUGUAUCCUGCAGAGUCUGGUGAACGAGGAUCUCUGGUGCCCUGAAAAACAGCUUGAUGGGCUGGUUGACUUCUAUUGCCAUCGUGCGCCACGUCUUGCUGAUCCACGGGUCAAAAGGAUAAUCCGCCGCAUCGUGCAAGAGUUUCUAGACCGCGCGGCAGCUGAGGGCGUAGGGCUAGACACCUUACCAGCGGGUCGUCGCCCGAUCGAGGACAAUGAGGAAUGUCUCAUCUGCCAACUACCGCUGCUGGGAGUCUCCGAGGACGAUCUGGACUGGUGUCGGCUGCAGUGUGGCUAUGCCUUCCAUGCGGAGUGCAUCGAGAAAUGGUUCAAAAGCAACGGAGGCGACGUGGGUUGGGAGAUUCCGCGGUGUCCAUACUGUCGCCAAUUGUGGCUGUAUCGCGCGGUGCCCCUCCAUAUCCAGCACCAGCGACUGCGAGAUUUGAUCAUGGAACCUGCUAGCGGAUCCCCCGACGAGGACAACGCCUUUUCAUGGAACGACGUCUACGGAAACCCAGCCAACGAAGACAAUGCGGACCAGAACCCCGACGGCGACAACGAACCCAUGUCGACCGAGGUGGACGAUGCCCCAGCCAGCCCUGACGAGGGGAAUUCCAACGAAGGCGAGGAACUCUUGAUGUGGACUGAGGACAUGGAGAAUCAUCCAGUCCGCGUAGAGGUUGAGUCGCACGAAGAAGAGGAGAACCUCGACGUCGCCGCAGACGAUGAUAGAUGGUGAUCCACGCCAGUCAGCUAAUUGAAAUAGUAAAACCCAAAAACAAUCAUUCGAGUUUAUCCCAGUAAAAGAGAUGAGACCAAUGCAUAUCCGUAACAGAGUAGACCGUGUUUGGUGGCGAGGAUAUCCGCCACCAGCACAACAGGCCCUAGCCCUCCUACAUGGAGAAGAGCGUCCGCGUGGGCUGAGAAUGAAUCAGAAUG